UCAGAGCCUCCUUCCGUCUUUCUGAGGAGCAGCUCGAGGGAGUUUCAGUGUUGACUGAAGUUGUUGUUUUUGGGAUCACGAUGCCUCGUGCGCAGUUGACUUACUCUGCCGUCUUCGACCGUCCCCUGACGGAAGAUGUGGAGGAACUACUGGCUCGUUUCCAGCAGACCGACUCCAUCAGGUUCGAGGACUUCUCAUCCAUCUGGAGGGAGAUGAGCUUCUCGGAUGUGUUCAGGGGCAUCCUGAGCGUGGGAGAAAUGAAGAGGUUCUGCAGAGUGGCGCUGGCCACAGCCGUGAAGUUCUUCAUGCCUCCGUACAGCUACCAGAUCCGAGUGGGAGGCUUGUAUUUGAUGUUUGGUUUGUACCACACGCAACUUGCCAGUCCGCAUGUGAAGAUCAGACUGGCUCUGAGGGACUGGGCUGUAGUCCAAAAGUUCCUCAAGGACUCUGCGGAUUCUGGGCACCAAGAUGUUUUCUACAUUUUCCAAAAGCUCGUUGCCACCAAAGCCAUCCACUACGUCGCCAUGCCACACUUCCUCAGCUUCCAGAAGCAGAUGAAACCGAAGAGGGAGAACGUGUGCGCCGGGUUUCUCGGGAGGACCACGGCCGUCCAAGAGCUCUCCUCCGCAGACGUCCUGGAGGAGAUGACCAACAUCCAGAGCCAGUAUGAGGAGCUGAAGGAGGCCACGGUGGAGGUCAGCCGCGAGGUGACCAUGACCCAUCGGGACUUAUCCGCCCGCCUGAAAGACUGCAUGUCGGAGUUCAUCGCUUGGCAGCAGAGGACCUUCUCACAGGAUAACAAGAACUCUGACGACAACGAGGAGGACCCGACCGAGGGGGAGUGCAGCAGCAGCAGGGCCCGGCUCCUGUCCUCCAUCAAGCAGAAGAGCUACAGCAACUUCCAGGAGGCGUCCAAGUCCAGGAGGCAUCGACAGGCCAGGACGGCGGAGUCCUCCAGCUCCGGGGCCGAGCGGGUCCAGGAGGCCUCGACUCUGCAGAGGAGGAGGCCUCCGUCGCUGAGGGCUCGGACCCGCAAGAGUCUCGGGGUGACGCGGGAGGAGUGCAAGCUCCAGGCCUGGCUCCUGAGUGUUCCUGAGAAGCAGGAGAGGUCGCCGGUGGGGAGGUACAACUAGACGGGAGCUUCUGUCAACCCGUGAUGGGAAGAGAGGACUUCAAGACACACAAAGAAGUUUGUUUUUCUUUUUUGUGCUCCUCCAGGUUCAAUGAAAACCUUUACGUUUGAUUAACACUUUGUUCUGUUGGUUUUCUCUCAUCGUGCAUCAGUUGUUUGACUGGAAUCCUUUAAUUUGUUAAUAAAUGUAUUUUAUAAUUUACUCUCCUUUCUUGUUUUCACUCCUGCUUCUUUAAAAGUCUGUUGUCAUGUGACUCAGAUGGUAUUUACAGAGAUCCAUCCUUUGCACUGCAAACAUCA